AUGAAUGAUGAUCUAUGUCAAAAAUUUGAUCUUUUGAGGAUGCAUUUACCCGAUGAAUUAACCGAAAACGCAAAACUCAAUUUUAAUGAUGAUUUGGAUUUCAAAAAGUACUGCCCUGAGAACAGUUCAGGAAAAAAUGAAUGCAACAAUAAUUUCGAUAAAAUUAAGGCUGGAUUUUUAUGGUUACUUGGAAUAUGUUACUCUACAUUAAAAAAUAAAAAUUAUAAAGAAAAUAAUACUAAUGCAUUUUUUCUACAUAUGAUUUCAUGGUUUAGUUACAAAUUAAAUCAAAUCACAGGGCACGAUUCCACCACAAUAAACGAUUUUUAUACUAAACAUGUAAUUAAUAGUGGUAAAUAUAAAAAAUUUAUAAGUGAUUCCAGUAAAUUCACAGAACUUAAGGAAUUCAUAGAUAAACGAAAUGAUUUUAUGAAUAUUAAUAUUGAAUAUAUGUCUAAAUUCUAUGAUGCAUUCAAAUUAUUAUGUAAUAUGUAUGGUAAUGUUGCAACAAAUACAAAUGGCGCCACCUUGUCAAAUAAUGCUACUAAUUUUGUUAACACAUAUACAGAGCUCAAUAACUAUAAUGGUGAAGGUACCGCAUAUAGACAAAUAUUGUCUUCUUUAUCAACUGAUUAUGAUAAUAUAAAAAAGAAAUGUAGCAAUAUUCCAUCUCUUCCAGAUAUAAAAACAACACAAAAUGCUACAAAAAGUCCUGAAAAAGUUUCUGCAACUAUUUCUGUAACUAAUUCUGUACAAACUUCUUCACAAACAUCUAGAGUUACAUCAAGUUCGCCGAUAGGAAACAAAUUAUUUACAAUUUUAUCGGUAUUUGGCGCAAUAGCAUUUUUGUUGGGAAUUUCUUAUAAGUAUUCGUUAUUUGGAUUUCGGAAACGAUCUCAAAAACAAUAUUUAAGAGAAAAAAUAUAA